AUGCAGAUUUGUCCAGUCGCAAUUUAGAUUUCGUUUAAGUACUUUACACAAAAAAAUUGGCAAAUUCGCAAAAAUUAUACGUAUGUAUUUCGCACGGAUUUAAUAUUCUAUUUGUGAUAAAAGUAUGAAGUUAAGUGAAGUGCUGGUUGAUGUGGGAAAGUGUAGUGUAAAGAGGCAACUUAUCGCUAAAAAGGGACAGCUUAUCGCUAAAAAGAGGCACCUUAUCGAGUCGUCAGUUAUAUGCAGCGUCGUCUUUCUUGUACUUGCGUCACUUAUUUCGUCGUGUGAUGGAGUUCCACUUUUUGGUAGCCAAAAGCCACACGGGAAUAAUAUUUCGGACAAUGGAAAACUUAUGUAUCUCAAGUUUUCGACGAGACUGGACUUAUCGUCGGACUUGAUAAGGCGAGAUUUUCAUAUCGUUCAACUUCGCCUGGACGAAGAAUUGGUGGACAUUCAUUUGCACAGGGAUACGGAUCUCGUCCAUCCGACCGUCGUUGGGUCGCCAAAGGAGGAAGGUCAAAAUCCAGUGCACGCGGUGUACAGGGGACAUUUCAAGGGCAACGGGAGAGCCGCCUUCACCUCCACGAUUCUUGGCAAUCAUCACGAUUCCGUCGGUUUUACGGGUCACAUCAUCCAGGGCGACUCUCACUAUAUUUUACAACCCCUCCGGUUCAAAAAUAAGGACCCAUUAACGCGAAAACGGCGAUCGUCCUCCCCCGAAGAUGGCACGAACUCGUCCACCUCCGUGGUCAUCCCCCACAAAUUGUAUAAAGUCGAUGAAAAUCUAGAUCCACGCGACAACGCGACUCAUUCUGAUGUCGCCCACGUGCCGAGGGACGAGUUGGAGAAAGCUUUUGAAGAAAUGAAUGCAAAUAAUUCGGCAGAUUGUUCAACCAGCACGAUAAGUCCAGACAUAACCGAUGACGAUGAUAACCAAGAUGACGAUAGUGACGUGACGAUUGAAGGUGACCAAGAAACUGACGAUGCCACGCUCGGAAACACUUUUGCCGAACCAAACACCAAGAACAAGAAGAAGAUUGGGAAGAAAAGUCAAAAGCAAGGGCGAAAUAAGAGCAAGUCAAACGGCAAAAAAUCGGCAUCUUCUUCUUCCAAGACCACGAAAGAGGGAUCGAAAAUUGUGGAGAUUUCGGUCUUUGCUGAUUCCAAAUUGACCAAAGUUUGGGAUACGAGAUUUCCAAAGGAAGGAAAAACUAGGCUGCGUGGCUUCAUUCUUAGCUUGAUUAAUAAUAUGAAUCUCCUCUACCAACAAGCCUCCCUCGGCAUGUCGCUCUCAUACCGACUCGUCCACUUGGAAAUGCUCUCCGGAACACCGGCCGGACUGGACUCGAGCGGCGGCGAGGCGACCAAAUAUCUCAAAUCUUUCUGCAAAUAUGCCGGCAGCAAGAACGAGAAGGGGAACCAGUGGGACCACGCCCUCCUCCUCACUGGACAUGACAUCAAGGAAGCCGGCGACAAACUCGUCGCUGGAAUGGCUUGGUUUUCCACAAUGUGUUUGAGAUAUUGGAGCUGUUCUGUGAGCGAGGGGACCUCAUUUUCCACCGCUUUCAUCCUAACUCACGAGCUUGGCCACUCUUUGGGGAUGGAGCAUGACGGAUCAGGGGUCAGCAAGGCGUGCGAGUCCAACAAGUAUAUCAUGUCGCCGACGACGGGGGCCGGAAAAACCACGUGGUCAUCAUGCUCGUCCACCAAUCUGAAAGAUUUCAUUGCUACAGGUUCUCCUGAAGUCGGUAAAAAGGAUACGGCCACCGUUCCAGCCUGUUUAUCGAAACCUUCCGCUCUUAAAAAUCAGCAAAUCAAAUAUUCCUCCGGCCCUGGAAAACUGCCCGGACAGCUCUACGGACUCAAAGUGCAGUGCAAUUACGAAUGUGGAAACGUAUGCAGUCCCAGCACCGUCAAGGCUCAUCAAGACGAUGUUUGCUCCAUGUUGUGGUGUGAAAAGGCUGUAACGGGUGGGAAACAGAUACAACAGGCGCAUCCGGCCCUCGAAGGGUCACCCUGUGGCAGUGGAAAGUACUGCAGAUACGGAAAAUGUGUCAAGAGCCGGUAAACUGCAUACGCACGUACCACCACACAAUUCGCAAUAAUUCGCAAAACAAAACUACAAACAUUGUCUUCCUAUUUUUAUCCCGUGCAAAAAAAUAUAUACAAAUUUAACAUUGCCAUUCCAACUGGAUUGAUUUAUUCAAGGUUCAAAUAAAUAAAUAAUUUAAAUUUUA